GUUCAGCCGACCUGCUGCAGAGACGGACGAGCUUUUCACACCUGUGAGUCUUGCUGCCUUCAGGAGCGAUGAGUUUCAGAGCAAAAGGAGAGGAACCAAGCGGCAGACCUGCAAGAGGAAGGUGGUUGAGGAUAGAGUUCCAAAAGUUAUUUAGAGGCAACAGAGCUCAAGCUGGUCCAAACACCAUCUCUGUAACUGAUGGACACCUCUCACCUGGCGGUAAGGAACCCCAAAAUGUGAUACCCACAUUUGAAGAACUCCUUGAGGCAAACCAUUUGUUUGAGGCCAGCCAGCUGCUGAUAGAGAGAGAGGAGCGUCUGUUUGGGGAGAUAACAGAAGCAGAGGCACUUGAACAUCAGGAGGAAGAAGUAGACAGGCUUGAUGCAGACCGCAGAGCCCUGAAGGACCUCGUAGUGCAGAUUCUGAAACAGUCUCUCAGCACAGAAGUCAACGCUGAGGCUCUAAUCUCUGCUGUGAAUGCCGUCUGCCAGGAGGAGGAGCAGGACCAGCAGUGGAAGCAGAGGGAUGGGACACCGCCGGCCUGGAGGCCCAGCGGCUGGAAGAAGCUCCACGACUCAACGCUCUGCAGCUUGGUGGAGGAGCGCAUGGACAACACCUCCUCCAGCCCUGCAGACCAGGUGGAGAAGUCUCUCCACAUCCGCAGCAUGGGCAGGCAGCUGAAGCAGGACCUGCUAUGGAUGGUGGAGGUGGUGAAAAGCUGCUACCCACUGGAGCUGAACAUCUGUAAUUCCUAUGCCAGGUGGUACCACCAAACCUUCAGUGCCAGACUCAAAAAGAUUACAGAGUUUGGUCUAGAUGACAAGGACUGCACUUCCCUCCUGCUCUGGGUGAACGAGUAUUAUCCAGAAAUCCUUCGAGAGCCAGAGCUGGCCAGUGAGAUCGAUCACGAAGCGUUGGGAAAGCUGCUGCCUGAAAAGUUACUGAAACCUCUAAAGGAACAGUACCUGAACAAACAACAGAGUGAGCUGACGACUUGCAUCGACCGCGUCCUGGAGGAAGCAAAGCAAAAGUGGGAUGACGGAGAGGAGCCGUCAAGAGAGGACGGCUGCUUCGUCAGUCCUGUGGCCUAUGAUCUCAUUCCGCUCAUCAAUGGUAUUGUGACUACAACUGUAAAAGUUGUGGGAGACCAAAGCAAGGCCCAGGAUUUAACUUACCAACUGAAAGAUUUACUACAAAGAUUCAGGAUCUUCCAAGACGACAUCAUGAAGCAAGGCAAACCGAACAGCAAGCCGUUCAUCAAGGCCAUACUCAGCUGUGUUGAACAUUUCAGGGACUUCCUCGUUAAGAAGAGUGAUCUGUUCCCAGAGGAUGUUCAGGAAAGCUGUUUGUCUGUUCUAAUGGACAUGAAACAAUCUGCUCACAUGUAUUUACUAAGCCCUGUGCACAAGGUCCUCAAGCCACAGUACCGCAAGCUGGGAACCAGUGACUGGCUGAAUAAGUCAGUGUUUGAGAAUCUGCUGGUCAGCACUGAACGAGAGAUUCAGGAUCUUCAAGGUUCAGCUGAAUUGUGUCACCAGGAUCUGAUGGGUCAGCUUCACCAGGAAGUGACAGCAGAAUAUGUGAAGAGGCUCCUGAAAAGGAAAGUCAAACUGAAGAACAAGGAGCGUCAGGAGAAAGCCUUCAUGACUGUGAAAGACAACGCGGAGAGUUUGCACAAUUUAUUUGUGAAAAUGGGAUCAAAGGAGGACUGGUUGAAGGAAAUCCUGAACAAUAUUGCCGAAGUGCUGAAACUCCAAGACCUCCCUGCCAUAAAGUUACAAAUAGUAUCACUGGGAACUGAUUAUCCUGACCUCAGUGAAAAACAUGUUUCGGCUCUGCUCAAGCUCAAGACUAACCUCACCAAGGCCAACAGGAAAACCGUCAAAGCAAUUCUGUCAGACACUUUGAAACCAGCCAACGUUGUCAACGCUCGCCCUUUUUUCUCCAGCAUUCCGGUCAAAUGAGACGUUCACUCCAGUGAUAUGUUCUCCUCAUUUCAGUUUUAAAGUUGGGUUGUCCAAUAUAAUGUAUCGUGUUUGUGUUGCAUUAGUAUGAUGAACACAUUAAGUAUUAUGUAUUAUGUAAGUGAUGCUGCUCAUGUGUUGAUCA